AUGUCUGAAACAUUAGCAAAUCAUUUGGUAGGAAAUUCUGAAGAUUGUUGCGAUUCUGGGAAAUCGAAUUUUAGGGUUCCAAACAUGGAUUUUCCACAAACUUCUGCAGAGGAUAGUGAUUCUCCUUCUCUCUUUAUCCCUGAUGCAAUUAUGGAUGAAUGUUUAGAUGAAUGUAAAGGUUUCUUUAUAAUUAAACUUGAUAAUAUGGAGGAUAUGAAUUAUAUCUGGAAAGGAUUUUGGAAAAUUGAAUCACAAAUUUUAAGCCUUAGAGCUUGGGAACCAAAUUUUAAUCCAGCAGCUCAAAAAACUACUUCUGCUUUUGUUUGGGUAAUUUUUCCUGGGUUGAGUAUUGAAUACUGGAAGGAAAAUAUUCUUAUGCAAAGGGGUAAAACACUAGGAAGACCUAUUAAGAUAGAUGAAAUUACUCUAAAAAAAGUUGUGGGUUAUUAUGCUUGUGUUUUAGUAGAAAUUGAUAUCUCUAAAUCCAUUACAAGUACAAUUUGGGUUAACUCAAAGUAUGGGAAAUUUGAACAAGCUAUUCAAAUACCAAAUAAACCUAAAUUUUGUAGUUACUGCAAAUCUUUAGGUCAUUUUGUUUCUGAGUGUAGAACAAAAAGAAAAGAGAAUUUUCAAGCUCCUUCUGAUGAUGGUUUUGUGUCUAAACCUAAAAAACAAUGGAAGCCAAAAAAGGUACCAACUCAACAAAUAGGUUUUGAUAUUUGUGGUAAGGAUUCACCCAUUGAACUCAACAGUAACAGAGAUUUGGUUAAUACUUCUUCUUCUUCAAGUUGA